CAUGACCAAGUGUUGUAUGUACUAUGAUGCUUAAAUACAUCUUAUGGUGAAGAAUCAAUUAACAAAUUGUAAUACUAAGACAGCUUUGAUAAAUCUCACUCAUUCCACUUUCCACAUGUUUGGUUGUGGUCCUGCUUUUCUUGGGGUGUGGGGGGGCGGGGGGGUUGGUGUAAACAAAUGUCAGAACCAGAUAACAAGGGGAUAGUUAAGUUUUCAACGACACAUCUUUUUCUGGAAGAUUUAUAAUAUAGACGAUUUUUAUUCAUGUAAUUUUCGUAAGUGUAUUACACUAUUAACUUUCUUAUAAAAAUGCAGGAAAAUUCUUCAAAGCUUGACUCUAGCAUAUGGUCAAAUGAUUUUAAAAAGUGGAUUCUUCCAUGCAGAUCCUCAUCCAGGGAACAUCCUGAUUUGUAAAGGAUCAGAGGUUGCCUUGCUAGACUACGGGCAGGUGAAGGAUCUCCCGGAACAGUUGAGGCUUGGCUAUGCUAAUCUAGUUCUUGCAAUUGCCAAUCGGGACCCAUUAAGAGCUGCAGAGAGCUAUAGGGAACUUGGUAUAGAAACCUUGAGCAGUUGUGAAAAUGGGCUACAAGAAUUGUUUAGACUAGCAGAGACAAUGUUUGAUACAAAAUUGCCUCCUGGGGUUGUAAUGCUGCAACCUUUCUCAGAUGAAUCUUCAAUUAAAAAAGUUGCUGUACAGUCCUUUCCAGAAGAACUUUUUUCUGUACUUCGGACAGUGCAUCUACUGAGGGGACUUAGCGUUGGACUUGGAAUCAAUUAUUCUUGUGCAGAACAGUGGAGGCCCUUUGCAGAAGAAGCUUUGUCCCAAGCUGGCAGAUUAAAAGAUAAGAGUGGUAAGAGCAGAGGCAGAUAAAAUAAUUUUUGAAGGGAUCAAAUAGGAAAAUCUAUCAAUCUAGUUCGUUGAUUGAUUGACUGGUCACUUCUGCGAAGUUGAAGAAAGGUAAAUUUAAACUAUCCCUCUUAUAUAAAGUAAACUAGUUUGACAUUGAUGGCACUCACAGUAAGAUUGUGGUGCCUCCUCAAGCAAGUAUUCUAUUGGAAUUUAAUGUUUCAGGAUUGUACACGUUUCAUAUAACAGUUGUUACAUUGCCAUUAUUGAAAGAUUAAGA